AUGCAUCCGUUUUGCACCUGCGUCCUGUCCGUCUCCCUGCUGACGGCGUGCCCCCUGGUGAGCGCCAGUGUGUCGAACAGCUUCAAAGACUGCAGCCAUUUCUUCUACAUGCAGACACCACCUGCAGGGAUGAAGGGAGCUGACCUGAGGAGGGUCUGCCAGAAGUACGCAGACAAACUGUGCUACGCCACAUUGUAUGACAGCAGUCGCCGCCUCCCCCUCUAUUCAGCUUACAUCUUUAAGAAGUCUGAUGGGAAGAGGAGGAUGGACACACCGUGGAUGUACGAGCCACAGUUGGUUUCAGAUGAUGAGAGUGGCAACAUGAAAGAGCUUCCCCUUACUGAGGACACCCCACCUCUGAUUGAGGACAGCCAGGCCGUGUUGGAGGACUACACAGAUGCUGUAGAAUAUAAACGUGGCCCACUGAAUCCUGACCUGCACCAAUCAGAGCCCGAUGACAAGUCCUCCACAUAUACUCUGACCAAUGUAGUCCCACUAAUCACACACUUCCUGGACACUUCCUGGAACCCAUACUUGGACAUCAUCCGCCGCCGCCUCAACAACUUCUGCCACGGCAAAUCUUUCAUGGUGACAGGGGUGACCGUCUCUGGGGGGACCCUCCGGCGAGAUAACAGGGACCGCCUGGCAAUCCCAAAACACCUAUGGUUGGCUUACUGCUGCCCACGGUUCGACCACAACUCUCCUUACGAGGUGAGGUUCAUGUUCCCUGGUUAUGGGGGCUAUGCACUGAAUGAACAGACUGACCACAGUGUGGUGGAAGUCCCUCUGAAGACUCUGGAGAGCUUCCUGAAGAGCCAGACAGAUGUAGACAUGACUAUUUUCUACAAGGGUUGUUUGUCAGAAAGCACCUUCAGGAAGAAGAGAGACCUGACCAGUGUUUCACUAUGA